AUGGAAGUUCGUUUAGCACAAAGCGCAACAAGUGAAAUCAAAGUAGGAGUAGUUCUUGAUCUCAAAACAAACUUUUCCAAGAUGUGCCUCACUUCUAUUAACAUGUCGUUGUCCGAUUUCUAUAAAGAUCAUCCAAAUUACCGCACAAGACUUGCUCUUCACGUCAGGGAUUCCAUGGAAGAGACUGUUCAAGCUUCAGUUGCAGGUUCAUUACUUUUCUGUCUCUUGCUAGUUGCUUCUCCGCUUCACGUAAUGUAA